GUUAGAGUCUCAGAAACACAACUAGAGGCUCUUAGAAACAGGCUGUCGGCUACACGCUUUCUGCCGUUCAAAAUCGAAGCAGCAGCAUGGAGAGACUUUAUUUAAUUUUCCUCUCAACUCUAACUCUCCACGUUGUGGGGACGACAGCAAAGGGGGAUAUGUCACACUGCAGACGACAACCUAUGUCCUGUAAUGAGGUUAUUGAAUGUUGCCGGGUAAAGCCCUCUUUUGCAGCGUGCUACAAUCAGAAUGUAAGAACAUGUGUCAUCAAAGGUCGACAACGCAGCCCAGACUUUAAACAAAGACAGGUCAACUCGUCCUCAUUAGAGGGCCGCAUGGACACAUAUUAUGGCCACAGGGUGCGGGUCCCCUCUGAAGCUGUCAACAGGAGCCGAGUGGACGCGUCCAAAGAGGUCAUCAUGACCACCUCCGUAAUCAACAGCUCCUACUUCACGACUAGCAGGAACAUCCUGGAACAGCGGGUCCUUGGAGUGUGGGUGGGAGAACAGGAAGUCAGCAAUCUCUCUCAGCCAAUCACAAUCACCUUCAGAAGAACCAACUGUAGUAUCCAAGGGCAGUGUGUGUUCUGGGAUGACAACCAAGGAAACUGGAGUCCAGCUGGCUGUAAGACCUCACACACAGACGAAGAGUUUAAUUGUAGCUGUAACCACCUCAGCUUUUUUGCUAUUCUCAUUACUGAUGGUGCAGAUAUCGGCCAUGCGCACCAGCAGCGCCUCAGCUACAUCCAGUACUGCGGUUCGGCUCUGACCAUCACCCUGACCACACUCACCUGCCUCAUGCACCUCACACACAGGAAGAGGAAACUGGGUCACUGCAGCACUAUCCACCUGCAGCUGUCUUUGGCCUUGUUGCUGCUGCAUGUCAGCUUCCUGCUCAGUGCCUGGGGGGCGUGGCACACACAGGGACAGCCAAUCACAGCUCAGUGCCAGGCUCUUGGGGCGGGGCUUCACUGGGCCCUUCUGGCCACCUUCAGCUGGACGGCCAUCGAGGGCUUCCACCUGUACCUGCUGCUGGUGCGCGUCUUCAACAUCUACGUCAGGAGAUACCUGCUCAAGCUGGGCCUGCUGGGCUGGGGCCUGCCCUCUGUGACAGUGAUACUGUGUGCUGCUCUGAGAAUGUAUGGACCUUACAACCACAAGACUGACUCCUCCUCCUCAAACAACAGGUCGUUUGAGUGUGGGCGGGACAACAAGUCAGCGAUCUCUGUCAACCAAUCACAAUCACCUUCAGAUGGACCAACUCUCUGCUGGCUGUCUGGCUCCGGUGUGGGGGGGCAGGUGAGUGUGUCUGUGCUGAGGUACGGGACUGUGCACGCCUACCUGGGGGCGGUGCUUCUCUUCAACACCGUGAUCCUGCUGCUGAUUGGCUGUAAGCUGUUUGGGGCGGGACCUCAGGCGGUGCAGAGGCGUGGCCGUGUGUGUCAUGACGCCAUGACGCUGUUUGGCCUGAGCUGUGCACUGGGACUGCCCUGGGGCCUGGCCCUCUGCUCACACGGGCCCCUCACACUGACCACCACAUACCUGUUCACCAUCCUCAACGGCCUGCAGGGUGUAUUUCUGUUCCUGUGGGCUCUAGCUAUGACGUGCAGACGGCACCAUGCGUCCAGCAGCCAGUCCACCAUGAAGAUGAGCAGCCUGGGGGCCUCCUGACCCCAGCAACCCAACACACACACACACACACAC